GACGUCAUCUCCCAAAAGCCUAGUUUCCCCUAUACCGACGUCCAGGCCCAGAUCGGCCCGCUUCUGCUCGACGCAGCCGUUGGCGGGGUUUCCGUACCCGCCCCCAUCAACAUGUUCUUGAAGGAGUAUCAGCGGGCCGGAGUCCGGUUCCUGUACGGCAAGUACAAGGAGGAGAGGGGCGGGAUCUUGGGAGACGAUAUGGGUCUUGGCAAGACCAUUCAGGUCAUUGCCUUUUUGACAGCGAUUAUGAGGAAGAGCAAUACGAAGGAGGAUUACUGGCGGCGCAAGCAGUUGAUCAGGGGCUCAGGUAGUGGCAGUAUACCGCCAAAGCACUGGCCGACCGCCCUUAUCGUUUGCCCGAGUUCGCUCAUCCGGAAUUGGGACAGAGAGAUGGACUCGUGGGGAUACUUCGAAAAGGCUAUCCUGAAAACGGAGAAUUGCGACGAAGUGAAGCGAUCCUUCAAUAAGGGAUUUCUGGAUGUAGUCUUGACCUCGUUCAAUCAGCUACAAGCCAAUAUCGAGCACAUCAAAGACCUUCCCUUCUCCGUUGUGAUCGCGGAUGAAGCGCAUCGCCUCAAAGAGCCUCGAGCCGCCCGUACCUUGGCCAUCAAGAAGAUGCAGUGUACGUCUUGUUUCGGGCUCACCGGUACCCUAAUCCAAAACCGAAUGGAGGAAAUGUGGAGCGUUCUGGACUUUGUAGCUGAUCUACGGGUCCAACGCGGUUGGGCAGGGACUAUUAAGCAAUGGCGCGAAUUUGCCAUUCUUCCGAUCAAACGAGGCCAUCGGCUGGAUGGUACUGCGGAGGAAGUCACCUUGGGAAUAAUGCGUCUCGGUCAGAUUCACCAUACUCUACUACGCCACUUCUACCUGCGUCGGGACAAGCGCUUGAUCGCAGACGAGCUGCCAGAGAAGAAAGAUAUUGUCGUCUUUUGUCCUCUCGCCGAAAGGCAAAUUCUCGCCUACCAGCGGUUGAUCCAGUCAGACGAUAUCCAAUUCAUCCUUCGUCGCAAGGAGCCGUGUGACUGUGGCUCGGAGGAACGCCGGCUUGAUUGUCACUACACCAGGACAGCAGACGGCGAGACCGUGCCACAGGUCGUUCUGAAGAACAUCACCGCUCUGCAGAAGGUUGCGAAUGUGAGUCUGUCAUUUCAGAUCAAGGCCACGGCUGAUCAUGCAGCACUUUGGCUUGCUGUACCACAGUAUAUUGUUCAUUGCGAGGAUCGAUCGAUGCUAACAGUCACGCUGACCGGCAGCGAUGUCAAGAACUGCGGGAAGUGGACCGUCAGUCCUUUCUUCUUCUCAAGCUGCUCCAGUCGAAAUCCAGCUGACGUAGCAGUCUCUGGAUUCGAAAGCCAGAUGUUCACUGGCGAAGCGAACGAGACCGACCGGAUGGCCAUGGUGGACAACUUCCAAGACCCGGAGCAGGACCACUUUGUUAUGCUUAUCAGCACCCAAGCGGGCGGAGUGGGUCUCAACCUGACUGCGGCGAAUAAGGUCGUCAUCUUCGAUCCAGACUGGAAUCCCGCCAACGAUCUCCAAGCAAUGGACCGAGCUUUCCGCAUCGGCCAACAGCGGACGGUCGAGGUGUACCGCCUGAUCGGGCUUGGGACUCUGGAAGAGCUCAAAUACGAGCGGCAGAUCCACAAGCAGCAGCGAGCCCGUCAGCUCAACCAAGGCACCUUUGAGCGCCGCAUCCACCAGGGAAUGGACGGUGGCAAAACCGAAGAGGACCAAGGAGAGCUGUUUGGGACCCAUAACAUCUUCAAGUUCAACCCGAAGGGGUUUGUCAAGAGCAACCUCGAGCGGGUUCAGCUGGCGGAAGAUCGGUUCGCGCAAGAUCUGAUCAACGCGGAAUACGAUGAGGAGGAUGAGCUCGGAGCUGGUAUCGACGGAGACGAUGACGACGAUGCGCGCAAAAUGCGCGACACUCGUCGUAAUCAAGACAUGCAGCGCCAAGCUCGUUCUGCGACAGAUCGCGCUAAACGCGAGGACAACCGCAAGGUCAGCGAUGUGCUCAGCGAUGAUGAAGAUCACAGUCAGUCGUCUCUGAUGGGCAUAGCCCAAGUCCAUGAUACUGCCUUCAAAGAUUCGCCUGCCGAGCGGCAGAUAUACGAGAUUGGUGUCCAGCUCCUCAAGGACAAUCCCGCCCUCGCCAAAACUAUGAAGGCCAACGAUCUCGGCAAGCUCGGCCUCAAGAAGCGAGCUUCGGGAUCCGCACGCACAUCCCUCGGGAGCAACGCCGGCACCGGAGCUGGCCCGUCCAAGGCCAGGCGGAUACAGCCGGAGCAGGAGGACGACCCGUGGAAGGCGAGAUUUACGAAUGGGAAGCCGAAGAAGGGGGGAAAGUUGAUUGCAUUGAGCGAUAGUGACUAG